AUGAAUUACGCCGUCCACGUGGCCCCUCUGCAGUGCACCGAGUCAGACUUCGAGUUCGGUACCGAGUGUCUCCAUCUUGCUCUGCAGUACUGCGGCACCAACGCCAAACUCAUCGAUGGUCCGCCAACCUUGUGGAAGGUGACCUAUAAACGGGAUUUAGCUGCUGCAGAGUCCAUCAUCAAAGAGACUUUGUCGCAGUCAGCUUGCCUUAUAACCGGGGGAUUGGAAGCUGCUGUGGCUCUGGCCAAUGUUCUCCAAAAAGCUUUUGGAGCUCUGGAUAUGGAGCUGAACGUCACGCCAGAUCUGAUGGGCGACAACGGCAGGUAUCUGCUGGAAGACUGGAACUUCAUUAAGGUUUCUGUCGAUCCAUUUUGCCCUUCAGAAGUGGAGGCCUUAAUUGUGGCGUUAGAGGCAGAAAACCGAGCUCUUCUCAACCCGGCAGUGAUCAUCUGGAUGCAUUUGAGUGUCACAGAGGAGCCGUCUACCAGCCGGAGAGCGACGGAGUCUGCUGCUCUGAUUGACCUGGCCUCAACAGCUAAGCUCCGAAAUAUUCUUCUCUACGGCAUCCGGCUUCAUCAGCCCGAGGACUCGGAGCAGUGGGACAGGUCGGCUUCACGGGUCGCUGACAUCGCAUCAGCCUUGAUUCGGGACAGGAACCCCGCCUUUGUGGGACAGCUCCUGCAGGCGUGACGAGAGGUGGCGUCAACAAAGCAAUCAUAAAGACUGAAACCGGAUUAUUUAUGCUGUCAGUGUCUCUAAUCCUGCAUCAGGCUUAAAGGAAGUUAUAUUUCUAAUUUACAUAUUGAAAGAAAUUUUUGACUUUUACAGCAAACCGAUAAACUGAGUCCUACAUUUCCCACAAUGCUUCUCUGAGCUGUUGUCAUGACGCUUUCUCUGUUUCUGUUUUCUCUGACCAGUUGUGUUGCAGUUUUUACUGAAAUGUGAUUUCAUGCAGUUGGACCUGCUUUUGGGGCUCCAAAGACAAAAUAUAAUUAAAAAACAUCUUGUUUACAG